AUGGCCCCAUCAAAGGGUCCCUACAGAUCCUCUCGACCGGCGACCUCCCGCGCGUCCCUAGUCCGCGCCCCGCUCAUGGUCGCCCCGCAGCUCCGCGCCGCCCCCCUCGUCUCCUUCCCCCGUGUCGUCCCCAGUCCCUCCCCUUCCCCGCAAACGCCAAUCAAGCGGCUUGGUUCUCCCUACCACACGCCAUCGACGCCGACGCCGCCGCACACCCCACCUUCCAAUGGCCAGCUUCGUCCCUACCACACUCUCCGCUCCUCGCGCAGCCUGGGCAGGAGGCAGUGCGUACUCGACGCAAACGUCCAUCCCUACCUCGUAGUGAGGAUCAUGGAAUGGGCCGACCCAAGCGUCCUGCGCGCCUUCCGCGCCACAUCGUCUCGGUAUCUCCGUCGCGCGGACAUGUUGCUCUCGCACCACCUCCUCAUAGCCGCAACAAAAGCGGACGGAGAGGGCGAACUCGCGGCCGAGAUAUGCCCCCUGCGGCCCUCAGAUGAGGGGCUCUAUGUUCCACACGGGCGGCAUCCCGCUCUCCGGCACUUGUUUGCGCCGUCUUCUGCAGUUCCGACUAGUAUGCCGAGUGGGGCGGCGUACGGCUUCUUCCAACACGACCCGGGGACUGUGCAAGAUCUGCGCCUCGCCGUGCGGCAGGCGAGCGCGGUCCGCGCCGUUCUGGAGAGUACGGAGGUGCUCGACGUCGCGGGCCGGCUGUCUCUGCAGACGAUGAGACAGUUGAGGGCCACUGCAGUGAAUGCGCAGAUGUACCGUGUCCACCUCGACUGUGAGAAUACACACCUGCUCGACGAGUUCGAGCAGGGCAAGAGGGUCACGCUGGCCCUUCACUUGGGCCCUGGUGUGGCAGCGCUUCCUGUCCAGGCGAGAGGGUUCGGGGCAGUGAGGCGGAUGAUCAUCAACGUGCCCUUGAUCGAGGAGGGGCCGUUCAUUCCCCCUCCUCUCCUCCCAAUGGCACAAGAGCGCCAGAGCCAAGGGCAGCUCGAAAUCGUCAUCAUCCCCUCGCACCUAGAGACCAUGGAUCCAGACCGUGCCCUACAGUCAAUCCGGACAGCGUACGCCUCCGCCAUCACGUUUGCGCUCGCCCUUGUGCCAGGCUCAUCUCCGACGAUUCUCGGCCUCGACGAGUCGGCCCACACUCGGUUGGGCAUAUCAGACAGUGAGGUCGAGUAUCUCCUCCGUCUGGAGAUGGCGCGUCUCGAGACGCUCCUGACCUCCUCCUGUCCCACGGCUCAACACGACGGUAUUCGCCACUCUCUCGCCGGCAUCAAGUUUCUGCCCCGGGGUACUUACAUCAAGCGGGUGGGCGAGGCCCACUUCCGACUCGAAUCGGCCCCGACUCGGUUUCGCGGGAACGAAAUCCACGAGGGCGAUGAGCGCUAUGAUGACUCCUUCAGUCUCGUUGAGGGGAGCAGCAGCCUCGCGCUCGGCGGGGUCGGCGGGGCGCUGGAACAUCUCCUCCUCCUCCAGCAGGCUCAUGGGUCUCGCGCACCUGAUAUCCCAGCUGGGGUGGGAGGUGGAGACGGGCUCAGCGCGUCGCCUAGUUUUGUUGUCGUCGACGCGCCGGAGGGCGCGGAACAUUACUUCCCGGCGCCGAGGCGGAGGCUCACCAAGCGCCAACGCCACCGGAGGCGUUCCUCCCUGUGCAUCCUGAUGUAA